GCAGGACAGGAGGAAUUGGAAAUCGAUGGGAGAUGCACCUUCCUUCCCGGGGAACAAAAUAUGAUGACGACGAUGAUGAUGAUAAUUAACUACGUCAUAUCCUAUCCUAUCUUCUAAACAUAUCAAUGAUGCGACACUGUUCGUGUCACACUUUGAGAAAAGGCGACAAAUCCGAAAUUGUCGCUACUAUUGAACUGAAAUAAAUUUAUUUUUUUACGCAGCCAUGUUAGCCCAGUUAACACUCCACGUGUAAGGGCAAGUAAAUCGGGUCCAGCGGUGAAUGUUGGGCAGGAUCUAUUACGAAGAUGCAGCGUUUAAGAAUUAUGUGUGCAUCAAUUAGUCGCAUUAAGAGGGAAGUGCCUUUAUAGGAUAUAUUCAGAAUUCAAAAUUACCCGCUCCUGUUUGUCUUACUGGCCGCAGCCACUUCGUAUUUCACGCACGUCAGAGUUAUUAAUCCUUUCUUCAAGACAAGCAGCCUUUGAUAUUCAGUACUUGAUUGUGUCGUUUGCUGCAUCGCUGUCAAUCAGGUCAGGCACAUGAACGGGGCAUAAACAUUCUGCUUCACAGUGGUUGAAGCAGGGUGUGGCUUCUAUUCUUCAUUGUACUGUUUUCACAUCGCUCAUGAAGCCCGUACUGAGACGAAAUAUGAACGUCGCUGUCGGUUGAUGUUGACCGACGGCGCCAUGAACCUGUAGUCAUUGAAGAGGCUCUGGUGAGAUACGUCUUUACUUUGGCCUCAUGACGCGAAAUAUUUCCUCUUUCGAACGCAGAAUACCCGGGCUAGGCUGAGCAUCACAGACUGAUGACAUGUAUAUAGCCUUACGGCACAACCUUUCUUUGCACAACAGAUUACAGGCGAAGGAGCGCAUCCAGAAAAUUCGACGUCAGUUGCACUGCAGUCGCUGUCUGUAUCCCCUGCUCAUUGCUCCAGUUCAACUAAAGGAAGCAUCUUGCUCGUGAAACAUACCCCUUGAGCCGUCUUCCUCAAUCUAAUCUUGCAAAGCGAAACGAUGAGCCUUCGUCCAUACUACCCCAUUCCAUCCAAUACACUGGAACUUCGGGAGAAAAUAAUUUCAAUAAAUGGCCUACACAUCCUUUUCAAGAUGGGGAGGAGAGAGACCAUCACCGAAACCAAAGUGAAAGGAUUUGAUGGUUUCAGCUUUCGCACAUUUGCAAUCACUCUAACUAUAGAGGACAGGUUUUCAAUAGGAGCUUCGCAUGAUGCCGCAUAUGCCAGCACCGAAUUGGUACAAGGAGUUCCUCGCUAUUAUAACAAGACAUCUAGUGCCACUUAUCCUUCCUACUCAGAUUACUCGGCAGGCAAAACAGAAACCGACGAAUAUUUCUCUCUGGCGCUGAGAUUCGGAACCGAAAAGUCUAGCCAUAUUUGGGUGAGUUAGUCACCUUACACAUGGACCCAAACAGCACAGAGGUACAGCAUUUUUGGCAGUUAUUUGGGAAGAGCUUUAGCAGUGCGAAAUAGGGGCUUCAAAAUCUGCUUAAUGGAGCAACAAUGCAACUAAGGUGUAACCAUCUGUGCCUCCUAAAACUGUUCGAGCUCGACUGUGUUUUUUGUCACGACACAUUUGUUAGUAGCAUGCUGAUAAAAUGUGCGGGAUUAUUGUGUAUUUUAGUUUAGUUUAUUGGUUGUUUUUUACUAUUGUUUUGUAAUCCAAGGCAAUCGCGACAUGUUAUUUAUCCCUGAAUCAUCUAGCCUCAA